AUGACUCUAAGUAAAUCUGUUCGCAUAGGAGUCGACGUCGGUGGUACCAAUACCGAUGCCGUCGCCAUAGACGUCGCCCUCGCUGCUCAAGGCGAUACCCAACGUGGCGUCGUCGCUUUUAAGAAAACUCCCACCACGCCAGAUGCGACUGCUGGAAUCGAGACUGCUAUUAGAGCUGUCAUUGACGCUGGCAACAUAGUUCCCCAGCGGAUAGCGAGCAUCACAGUCGGCACAACACACUUUAUCAAUGCAGUCGUGGAGAGAGAUGCACGGCGACUUCAAAAGGUCGGCGUCUUGAGACUGUCACGUUCGUUUCUGCGUGAAGUUCCGCCCUUCUCAGACUUUCCGCCCGAUCUCGCAGCUAUCAUCAAAGGAUAUUGCGGCAUCAUCGAUGGAGGCCUGCAUAUUGAUGGGUCUCAGGAAGCACCUAUCAGAGAGGAGAAAGUAGUGGCCGAAUGCGAGAAGAUCAAGGCAGAGAAUCUGAAAGCUGUUGUGAUCGCCGGCGUCUUUUCUCCAAUUGACGAAGUGUUCAAGCAAGAGAGCCGUGUUAGAGAUAUCAUCCUACGAGAAAUUCCAGGAAUCGAUGUCGUUUGUUCUCAUGAGGUGGCGAAUAUUGGCUUCCUAGAGCGUGAAAACGCCAGUAUCCUCAAUGCCGCUAUACUUCAGUAUGCUCGAAAAACAAUGAGGAGGUUCAACCAAGCCAAGAAGAAGCUCAACCUGGCAUGUCCACUGUUCAUUACUCAGAACGACGGAACUACUCUUGACGCUGCAGCUGCAGCCAGGAUACCGAUUAGGACCUUUGCAUCUGGAGCAACCAACUCGAUGAGAGGAGCUGCGUAUUUGGCAGGUAUCGAUGCUGGCGGGAACUCUUCUGCCAUCGUUGUGGAUAUUGGCGGAACGACAGCUGAUAUUGGCGUGAUCCUACCAAGCGGACUUCCAAGACAAGCCUCUGCCUAUGUCACAGUCGCCGGUGUGAGGGUGAAUUAUUCAAUGCCUCAUCUGCACUCCGUUGGACUUGGUGGGGGUUCACUCGUGCGCAGCGUCGAUGGAAAAGUCAAAGUCGGCCCUGAGUCGGUUGGCCACUAUCUUGUUGAAGAGGCUCUUGUUUUUGGUGGCAAUACAUGCACGGCAUCUGAUAUCGCUGUCGCCCUAGGCAGAGCAGAUAUGGGUGAUAAGAGCAGACUUGCGGAGCUGAAACCUGAGUUUGUCCAAUCUGCAAAAGACUGCAUCAAGACUCUACUCGAUGGCGCUGUCGAUGUCAUUAAGACCGCUGCUGAUCCUCUUCCCGUCCUUCUGGUAGGCGGAGGUGCUGUGCUAGCACCGGAGGAUAUCUCAGGUGCCUCAAGGGUCAUCCUCCCCCCGUUCCAUGAUGUGGCGAAUGCCAUUGGUGCUGCUAUCUCUCGAGUCAGCGGUGACGUUGAUAUUGUCCAGAGCACAGCCCACCAGACGGAGUCGCAGGCUCUUGAGCGCGCAAAGACGAUGGCCAUCGAAAGAGCCAUUCAAGCUGGUGCCAUGCCCGAGAGUAUCACCAUGGCGAAUGUGGAGAGUAUUCCGUUGCAAUACGUAUCUCAUCAGGUUCGAACCAUUGUCAAAGCAGUGGGAGAUGUUGACUUCAAGGGUUAUGUAUCAGAACUGGAGCUCGAGGCUGUUGACGAUGACGACGAAGUCAGUGAAAAACCUGAAGGGCAAAAGAAUCGAGCUGUCAAGACUAUAGAAGAUAUCCCGGUUGAUCCUUUCACAUACACUCCUACCAUCAAGGUCAGCGAUGAGGGCGUCCCUGAAUGGAUACUCAAUGAAACAGAUCUGGCUUGGCUGGCUGAUGGAUGUUAUGUGCUCGGCUGCGCGGGUGGUGGCACUCCAGCUCCUAGCUUCAUCCAACUGCGGGAUAUCAUACGACAAGGCCAUACUAUUCGCAUCAUCGACCAGUCUUCCCUAAAGGAUGAUGCCCUCAUCUACUGGGGCGGCCAUAUGGGAUCUCCUGCCGUGUCGGUAGAGCGGCUACAAUCGACCGAGACAGUCGAAGCAUUCAAUGUGCUGAUGGAGUAUCUCGGCCAUAAAAGUAUUGAUGCCGUCAUGGGACUAGAGAUUGGCGGUGCCAACGGCAUGGAACCGAUGUUGGUAGGCUCAUCGCGGUUCUUCGAUGCGCCUGUAAUUGACGGCGACUGGAUGGGCCGAGCAUAUCCUACAUACUGGCAGACUACACUCGCGGUACAUAAACCGCUAGAGCUCGUUCCCUGUGCUAUUGAUUCAGGUGAUGGCAAGAGUAUCAUCAUGACUCGAGCGCCAGACGACGAGAUUGUUGAUAGAGCAUUGAGAGCGUCGUGUUCCGAGAUGGGAAGCCGAGUCGGCAUGGCUGCCAAACCCACCACCACUGACAACGUGCGGCGAUAUGGUGUAUUGAAUACCUGCUCUCUUGCUUGGAGGAUAGGCAGAUGCAUUGCCCGCAGUGUUUACAGUAACCAGCUCUCAACAGUCGCAGAGUCCAUCAUCGAAGAGGCUGGCGGGUUGAAGUCAGCCAGGGUGCUAUUUCGAGGAAAGAUUGUAGAAGUCGAGAGAAGACUAUACAAAGGGCACUCGCACGGCGCUCUACGUAUUGAAGCAUUCGAUGAGUAUGUCGAAGAGGACGGUGGAUCAGAGCGUAUGACACCUGUAGUCUCAGGAGGAACAUUGCGAAUCCCAUUCAAGAACGAGAACAUUCUCGCUGAGCACACCUCUGCUGACGGGUCUGAAACCAAGAUCAUCGCCUCAGUCCCCGACCUCAUUGCUGUGCUUGAUAAUGGCUCUGGUAAAGCACUGGGUGUUCCAGAGUUCAAAUACGGUUAUAGAGUAACGGUCCUGGGCAUCACGUGCUCACCGCAGUGGACGAGAACACCUUCUGGUAUUGAGAUUGGAGGACCGAAAGCAUUUGGCUACGAUGAUGUUGUAUAUAAGCCUCUUGGGGAGUACGUGGAACCUGUGAGUGUGAUUAGAGAAUAUGCUUAA